ACGGCGCGUCGCGGUUACGUCACAGUGCGUCACGGCGCUUCGCCGGGGUGCCAUGGCCUUUAGUGUAUCAAAGACGAAGGCAAUAGUAGGGAUCGAGGCAAUCGAGGAUAGAGUCAGUUUGGCGCGGACGAUGCGAGAACGUCGCGGCAUUCAGACGGUUGCCAUCGUUCCCGCUGUCGAUCGCAGGAAGUCGCCAGUCCCUUAGACCACAGCCUCCCAUGGUGGCGAUCACCACGUGUCACGCCGCGACGGCCCUCAGGCCUCUCAGGGCCGUCAUCCUGGGCGCGCCGGCGUCCGGCAAAGGCACCGUCUCCUCCAGAAUCGUCCAGCAGUUCGACGUCGCGCACAUCUCCAGCGGCGACAAGUUACGCUUCCACGUGUUUGCCGGCACUGAUCUAGGCAAGGAGAUAAAGAAAUACAUGGACAGCGGUAGCUUCGUCCCAGACGAUACGAUGGUAUCCCUUAUCGGCAACGAGAUCGGAUCGAUGGCGGAUCGGAAUUGGCUGUUGGAUGGAUUCCCGAGAACAUUGACGCAGGCGGAGCGAUUGCAGAGGCUACAUCCAAUCAAUCUCGUGCUAAAUCUCGUGGUGCCCACCACCGUCAUUCUGGACCGAGUCAAGAGCAGAUGGGUUCAUGUGUCCAGUGGUAGGGUCUACAAUAUCGGCUUCAACGAUCCACGAGUGCCGGGCAAGGAUGACGUAACGGGUGAGUCGUUAUGUCAGAGAGAAGAUGAUAAACCAGAAGUCGUGCAGAAGAGACUGCAGGAUUACGCGAUGAAAACUGAGCCAGUCUUGCAGUUUUAUCGUGAGAUUGGAAUACUGAGGGAAUUUCACGGCAACACUACGAAUGAAAUGUGGCCGGCGAUCAGAAAUUGUGUGGCACAAUACUGUUGAUCUUCAGAGAGAUCGAAUAUUUAAAUAACUUCAAAUGUCGGAUAAUCGCGCAGAUGGUUCUGAUUUUCAAAUAUAUCUAGAUCUUCGGAGAUUUUUCUUUUUCGAUAAAUAUAUCACUAAAAGAAACAGAUUUUCGGACAUUAAAUCUGUGUCUAAUUCUUACAUCUUAUCUGCCUAAAAAUUAAAUUGAAUUAAAUAGAUCUCAUUAGAUUAGAUAACGCGCGUCUAAAAAUAUUCUCGUAUUCAUUAUUUAAGUACGAAAACGAACAAGUCUAUUCAGACCUAUUUGAAACCUGUAAUUUGCUCAUCUCACGCGAUUAACAAAUGGAAAUAUGCGCUCUCAUCCGACAAUUGUUUCUUGCGACAAUAGAGAGAAUGUGUACAGUGCAAUUCGCGUGGAGCUCUCUUACGCACGCAGGAACGUACACAAGCGUGAAUGUCAUUAGGUUGUAAAUACACAUGAUGUCGUGUCGACAAUAAUAGGCUCUCGUAAAUGUUUCCGAUGGAAAAUGCCUAUGUGAUACAACGAGAUUUCACGGUAACUAAAGACACUGAACCGAGGACGAGUUAUCUCUUGUUUCCGCGACUUAGCACUUGCAUAACGAGCUGUUGAUUGCUACAGCUGUUUGUCAGGCUAAAGUCCGAAAUAUAGUACAAAUGACAAAGUAGGAAUGGAUCGUUCGAAUGAUCGAUAAUACAUUUCUGGAAUGGCGUAAUCGUCACACACUUGUUCUUAUUUUAUUUCGAGCGUAUAGCGUUACAGUUGUAAGAGAUAUAUAUAACAAUGUUCAAUAUAUUGUGUACAUAUUCAACAGUAUAAGUACAAUAUACGCAUAUACAUAUGCAUAUA